AUGCGAGCAGGCGGUUUCAUCAUUCCCCUCGAGCAAGUCAUUUCUUUUGCACUAAGAAAUGCCACAAACCUCUCUGGAGAGCUUGAGCGGCUCGGGACCGACUCCCCAGAUCCUAAAACUCUCGACAACUGCCUGAUCCUGGAUUGCCUCGUCACAGCCAGAUCAUUUGCUGAGGCUCGCCACAAGGGGGUGGGUGUCGUUCCUGUCGGAUAUCCCGAAUACAAAGAGGGCUGCCAAUUAACGCUGAUGGUUGUCACACACCUGAAGCCCUUUCCCUUCAGGAGGUUCGAAGCCAUCGACCGGGAUCACUCGCGUUUGGAACCUUUCGUCCCGGGAGAGCAUGAAGCUCGUGUAAAGGCGGUCCUUGAAGAGGAAUAUGGCUUCACGGACGUCAUAUUUACGACCGCUUUUGUAUCUGACAGCUUCUUCAGUGAAUGA